AUGAUUGACAAUGAUAUAUUCCAAUCAAAAAUUCAGAGAAGCGGUCAAAUAAUAAGGAAAUAUGCAUCAUUUAUUGGGCCAGGAAUUAUGGUUUCUGUUGCAUACAUGGACCCAGGAAACUAUUCUACCGCGGUUUCAUCAGGAGCAAUGUAUGAGUAUAAGUUGUUGUUCAUAAUAUUUAUGUCGAAUUUGUUUGCAGUGGUUUUGCAAUGUUUGUGUGUGAAAUUGGGAACAGUAACGGGUCUUGAUUUAGCGGAAAUGUGUCGUAUGAACUUGCCAUAUGCAUUGAAUUUGUCGUUGUACGCUUGUGCAGAAUUGGCUAUUAUAGCUACCGAUUUGGCGGAGGUGGUAGGAACAGCCAUUGCUUUAGAAAUAUUGUUCAAUAUUCCAUUGGUGUAUGGUGUUCUUAUUACGGUAAUUGACGUAUUGAUUGUGUUAAUGGCGUAUCAUAAAGAUGGUACCAUGAGACAAACAAGGCUUUUUGAAAUUAUGGUGACAGUGUUAGUGUUGGCAACCUGUAUGUGUUUUAUUCUAGAAUUAUUCAAAUGUGAUUUUGAGGAAGGUGCUGUGGGUUCUAUAAUCAAAGGAUUUUUGCCAAUGAAUAUGGAAAUAUUUAGAGAAAAGAAUGCACUUUUCUUGAGUUGUGGAAUAGUCGGAAGUACAGUUAUGCCUCAUUCAUUAUUCUUGGGCUCUGCCUUGGUUCAAUCAAGGCUCAAAGAAUACGAUAUUCAAAAUGGAAUUCUCAUUGAACAAGACGAAGUCGAUGGAGAAUUGAUAGAUGUACAGCCUGAACUCCCUGCUACGACGAGCAAAUUUAGAAGCAUUUCGGAUGGUAGUAGUUUGGCUGGUAAAUAUAGGCCGUCAUAUCGUGCUAUCCAAUAUUGCUUGAACUAUUCCUACAUAGAAUUGGUUUUAUCGCUCUUUUUGAUUGCCGUUUUCGUCAAUUCUGCCAUCUUGAUUGUUGCUGGCAGUACCUUGUAUGGCAAGCCUGAUGCGGAAGAUGCAGAUUUGUUAUCCAUAUAUGAGAUGUUGUCGUAUUAUAUAUCACCAGCAGCGGGCUUAAUAUUUGCAUUGUCUAUGUUGUUUGCAGGUCAGAGUGCAGGUAUUGUCUGUACUAUGGCAGGCCAGAUUGUUUCUGAAGGUUUUAUCAACUGGACAAUUAAACCUUGGAUUAGACGUAUAAUUACACGUAUCCUAGCUAUAAUUCCUGUGUUGGUUGUUAUUAUUAUAUUAGGUCGUGAAGGGAUCUCCAAGAUAAUGAACUCGUCACAAGUUGUUUUGAGCUUUAUUCUACCAGUUGUUAGUGCACCUUUAAUUUGGUUUACUUGUAAAAAGGAAUUUAUGGUUGUUUAUGACACGAGUGAUCUGAACCAGCUUGCUAAUGAGAAUACGGCUCUUUUAAAUACUGAUGAAUCAUACCCACAAUCUGUACAUGUUAGAAAGAUAACGUUUGAAAAUGGUCAUUUCUUGACUAUAGCUGCAGGCUUAACAUGGUUAAUUAUCUCGUUUUUGAACCUUUACUUGAUUUAUGCAUUUGCAAACGGUGCAGAUAUAUAG